CCCCACCCCACCUCCACCACUCCACGUGUCGGUCUUCCUUCCUCGCUUCCUCCCUCUGGUAGUCUGGUAGAGGCUCUAGGCCUGCACCCGGGCACCAGAUCUCCGAACGAGAUUGCGCUCCGAAUCUUACGCCACUGGCGGCCAGCGCCGCUCUCCGGCUCCGAUCUAGAGAUCUGGCUUUUACUUGCUGCAUAUUAGAGUUUCAUUCUUUCGUCCAUUGAUUUACAUAGAAACAUUCAGACAACAAAUUAAGCACUGGGAUUUCAUUCGUUCUAUCUCUGGUAUUUCAAUAAUGUGGAGGCUCAAUCCCUUUGGGGGAAAAGUACAGAGUGGGUUGGAAGGCCGCACCAUUGAUGUUGGAAAUGUGAAGAUUACAGUACGAAAUGCCAUUGCACAAGGAGGUUUCUCUUGUGUAUAUCUGGCAUGCGACACGGUAUAUCCAUCAAAGCAGUACGCACUGAAGCACAUUAUCUGCAAUGACUCAGAAUCGCUUGAUCUUGUCAUGAAGGAGAUCCAGGUGAUGGACCUCCUCAAAGGGCAUCCAAAUGUGGUCACACUGGUUUCCCACGAUGUUUUUGACAUGGGCCGUACGAAGGAGGCACUGCUUGUGAUGGAGUUCUGUGAGAAGUCCUUGGUGAGCGCAAUGGAGAGUAGAGGUAGUGGUUACUAUGAGGAGAAGAAGGCACUUUUGAUUUUCAGAGAUGUCUGCAAUGCUGUUUUUGCCAUGCAUGGACAGUCACCACCAAUUGCACAUAGGGAUCUGAAAGCUGAAAAUGUUCUUCUUGGAUUUGACGGUGCAUGGAAAAUAUGUGAUUUUGGAAGCACGUCAACAAAUCAUAAAUACUUUGACAAGCCAGAAGAGAUGGGCAUUGAGGAAGAUGUCAUCAGGAAACAUACAACCCCUGCCUACAGGGCCCCUGAAAUGUGGGAUCUCUACAGAAGAGACGUUAUUAGCGAGAAAGUCGACAUUUGGGCCUUGGGGUGCCUUCUAUAUAGAAUCUGCUACUUGAAGUCUGCAUUUGAUGGAGAAUCCAAGUUGCAGAUACUCAAUGGCAAUUAUCGUAUCCCUGAGCAACCCAAGUAUAGCACUGCUGUCACAGGGUUGAUCAAAGACAUGCUGGAAGCCUCUCCAAUUGCCAGACCAGAUAUCACGCAGGUCUGGUUUCGUGUCAAUGAGCUACUGCCGCUUGAGUUACAGAAAAGGUUGCCUGAUGGACCUUCAUCAUCAAUUUCCAUGAGUUUGCAUGAUGAAGGUGCUUACAAAAGAACACAUGUGAUGCCUACAAGGAACCCGCCUCCGCCUCCGCCUCCAAGAGAGCAAUCUAAUAGUUCUUUAUCUCAUGGAAGCUCGAAAGCAGGAGAUGCACCUCUAGGUGUAUUUUGGGUGACGCAACAUGCACUGGGUUCUCAAGCUGCAGAUAAUAGAAAUCCUUUGUUUGAUGAGGAGCCAAUUAAACCAUCACCAUCAUCAAAACAUAACCAAAGCAGGGUAGACACCGGUACCAGUAAAGCACCAAAUAACUCUGUAUCCAAUAAUGGAUUUACAGGUGGCUCUGGCACAAAUUUGUUCAUGGAGCCACAAGGUUCAGGAAAAAUGAAAGCACCACAAUCUCAACCCAAGCCCAAAUCUGAGAAAGAUCCAUUCAACGGCUUUGUCACAGACUUCGACACAAACAAUCUCCAUAUUGGGACUACUGUUGGUAAGGCAUCUGAACUUGAACUGGAAGUGUCCAGUCUGAAGGAGCAGUUGAAGAAAACCACAUUGGAGAAGGCCGAGAUGACAGCCAAGUAUGAAAAGCUGUCUGCAAUCUGCCGAUCACAGCGCCUUGAGAUUCAAGAGCUGAAACGCACUCUUGCCGAGACGACACCACCUCCAUCGAACAAAGACAGAUUGAGGACACAGGAGUCUGGAUUGCAGCGAAAGGAUAAGAUCGAAGGAACCGUUUGGGAGCUUGAACAAGGAAUGCUUGCAAGCAACUCUUCUGUACCCAGCUCUGAGGCCAAAACAUGGCAGGCAUUCCCUGAGCCAAAAGCUCAGGCCCGACCAAAGGUCGACCAUGUAACCAAUGGGAGGCAAAACCUAACCAAGAACACAAACUCAGGUCUUUCAUCUGAUGCGUGGGGUUUUGGUGCUGAUAAUUUCAGAACAUCAGCAGCAGCAAGCACUGCUGCACAGAUCAACAGGACCACUGGUCAUGGGAGUUCCUCCCAGAGAUUCAGCACCAGCACGCCAAAGAAAGUAGAGCAGCCAUCUGGAUGGGCCGGUUUUUAACUUCACAUCAACAAGUGGUAACCAUCAUUCACGUUUUGGAUCCGCAAACUGCCCGAUGUGAUUCACUGACUCUUGCCUACCACAGGGUGCAGAAAUCGGUUAUCUUUUCAUAUUGGUUGAGCCAACUUAGACAUUGAUUCUUGCGAUCGUUUGAUACUACCCUGUUAAUAAGUAAAUAUUUACAGCCUUGUACGUAUUUCCGUGUAUGAAGUAUUACCAUGCCAUCUAAAAAAAAAGAGUAUGGCCAUGUAAUGACUGACUGCUCUAGCAGCAUCAAUGGCAAGCUAUACCGUUUCAUGUGUAGCUUGAUUUCUUGCUGCAAUCAUACGUUCAUACA